AUGUCAGAUACAAUUACCUUAGGAACUUACUUAUUCGAAAGAUUACAUCAACAACCAAUUGGAUUGAAAUCAAUCUUUGGUGUUCCAGGAGAUUUCAAUUUGGUUUUACUUGAUAAAAUCGAAGAGGUUGACGGAUUAAAAUGGAAAGGUAAUGCCAAUGAAUUAAAUGCUGCUUAUUCUGCUGAUGGAUAUAGUAGAGUCAAAGGUGGUUUAACCAAUGAUUCCAAAUCUGGUGGCAAUGGAUAUGCAGCUUUGGUCACCACUUUCGGAGUGGGUGAAUUAUCUGCAUUGAACGGUGUUGCUGGUGCUUAUGCUGAACAUGUUGGUUUAUUACAUAUUGUUGGUGUUCCUUCAAUUGAUUCUCAAGCUAAACAAUUAUUAUUGCACCAUACUUUAGGUAAUGGAGAUUUCAAUGUAUUUCAAAGAAUGUCUUCGGCAAUUAGUCAUAGUACUGUUAUGCUUAAGGAUAAAGAUACUGCUACCGCAGAUAUCGAUAAAUGUAUUGUUGAAAGUUUCAUCAAUCAAAGACCCAGUUAUCUUGCUUUCCCAACUAAUUUAGUUGAUGUUAAAGUCCCCAGAUCUUUAUUGGAUACUCCUUUAAAUGUUGAAGUUCCUAAAAAUGAUGAAACUCAAGAAGAGGAAGUAAUUGAAAGAGUCUUGGAAAUGAUCGCUAAAGCUGAAAAUCCAACUAUUUUAAUCGAUGCUUGUUGUGGUAGACACAAUGCCACCAUUGAGGCUAAAAAAUUGAUUGAUUUGACCAAAUUCAAAUUCGCCUUAACUCCUAUGGCUAAAGGUUCUAAAUAUAUUGAUGAAACUCAUCCUCAAUAUUUAGGUGUUUAUGUUGGUACCUUAUCUUAUCCAAAUGUCAAAGAAGCUGUUGAAAAGUCAGAUUUGAUUAUUUCCUUGGGUGCCAUGUUGAGUGAUUUCAAUACCGGUUCAUUCUCUUAUAGUUAUGAAACUAAAAACGUUAUUGAAUUCCAUUCUGAUUACACUAAAAUCAAAUCAGCUCAAUAUCCAAAUGUUAGAAUGAAGGAAGUUUUGAACAAUUUGAUUUCUCAUAAGGAUUUGACAUCAUUAGUUGAAAAGUACCAAACUCCAAAGAUCACUAAAGAUCCUUUCCCAUCAACCAAAACUUCAGGAGAAAUUACUCAACAAUUUUUAUGGACCGAAGUUAAUAAUUUCUUCAAAGAAGGUGAUGUUAUCAUUACGGAAACAGGUACUUCAUCUUUCGGUAUCAUUCAAAGUAAAUACCCUAAAAAUGCUUUGGGAAUUUCUCAAGUUUUAUGGGGAUCUAUUGGUUAUUCUGUUGGAGCAUUAUUUGGUGCUGUAACUGCAGCUGAAGAAUUUGAUCCUGAUAGAAGAGUCAUGUUGUUUGUUGGUGAUGGUUCUUUACAAUUAACUGUGCAAGAAAUCUCUUCAAUGGCUAGAGAUGGUAAGAAACCAUAUAUUUUCGUUUUAAAUAAUGAUGGAUACACUAUUGAGAGAUUAAUUCAUGGGGAAGAAUCAGUUUAUAAUGAUAUUCAACCUUGGGACCACCAACAACUUUUAUCUACUUUUAAAGCAGACAAUUUCGAAUCCAUUAGAGUUGAUACUGCUGAAGAUUUGACCAAAUUGUUCAAAGAUGCCGAUUUCAACAAACAUGAUAAGAUCAGAUUAGUUGAAAUCAUGUUAGGUAAAAUGGACGCUCCUGUCAAUUUAGUAGAACAAGCCAAGUUAUCUGCAAAGACUAACAGUGGUUAA